UCAACGGUUCCAGGCUCUGCGCUCCGCCUCGUUGUCGGUUGGCUGUUAAUCCGUUGGUGCUCCCGUGGCUCGGCGAUCACGGCGGCGGUGGCGGCACUGUGGCGGAGGGCGGUGGAGAUCGUGAAGACCAAGGAGUUCCGGGAUUACGUGACCAGCACGCACUUCUGGGGUCCAGUGGCCAACUGGGGCCUCCCGCUGGCCGCCUUCAAGGACAUGCGGGCGCCGCCGGACAUCAUUAGCGGCCGCAUGACGACGACGCUCAUCUUGUACUCGAUGGUCUUCAUGCGCUUCGCCUACCUCGUACAGCCUCGCAACUUAAUGCUGAUGGCGUGUCACGGCACCAACGUGGUGGCGCAGAGUAUGCAGGGGAGCCGCUAUCUGAUCUACCACUAUGGCGGCGCCACGGCGGCCACAGCCGCUGCUGCCUCUGUCGCCUCUCCCGGCUCUACCGCCGCUACCCGCCCUUGCAGCUGAAGACCCUGUGACUGACGGCGACUGCCUGGAGGUCACCGACUACGAUCCGCUGACCCCAGAACAUGAUUGAGAGGGCCCUAUCAAAUCUUUGCAGCUUGCAAGCACUGAACUGUUCUUCCUAAAGAAAAGAUCAAUGAAAAGUUUGGUUUUGACUCUGAAACAGUGUGAAUCUGAUUGAAACCUGCAGUUUCAAUGGCAAAUAGCACAGAACUGAAGCUGUUGAGUGUUGUUUAUUUCGUGACCCUUACCCUAACCCGUAGCCUAAUCCUAACCUGUACCCUAACGAUAACCCGUACCCUCACCCGUACCCUCACCCUAACACGUAUCCGUACCCCAAUCUUGACCCUAAUCCUAACCCUUGCCCUAACCCUGACCCUUAACCCUGACCCGUACCCUAAAAUGGUUUUUAGAAGGUGAGGGUAGAUUGGCUAGUCUUCCUCUCCACGGGACCUGCAACUCGAGGGUUAGUUUAUGUAGGGGAGGAAGGCUGAAUGAAAGACACUUCAACUUAGCUAAUUUAUUGAUUUUUUUUUAAGCUCUCUUGGGAACAUGCUUUUGUUACUUGUUUCCGGUGUCCGGGCCAGAUAAGCCACAAUGUCUGUACGCCAAAAAAUUCCAAGGGCUACUUCUACUGAGGGAAAUACUUCCAAGGGGGUUUAAAUGAAUUCAGUGAAAUCCAGCUCAGACUUUUAAGGAGUACUUAGCAAGAGAACCUAGAAUCUGUUGGUGACUGGGAGCAAUGACAGAACCUUCAAUGUAAUCAGGAUAAAUAAACAACUCAGAGGUCAGUGGCUGUCAACCCUGAAUUCUAGGUAAACAAGAUAAAAACGACAAGAUCAUAAUCCUUUCCUCUUUUCCUCAUGCCUAAAAAUGGGGGAACUGGCAGUUUGUAAAGCUGGUGAACCUAUCAUCACCCUGUGUUGCACUCUAGCUAGGGGUGAUGGUGAGGGUCAGUGGUCAACAGUAUUAGCCCAGGGUAUCCCCCCUAGGAAUCCUAUGGGUGCUAAAGGACUUUUUGCUUAAACCUGGGAGCAAGAGGAGAGAAAAGAGAAGGGCUUUGGGUGUAAGGCCAUUACCUCUGCAGCAGAGGCUGCCCUCUAGGAUUUGACCCCCAAUCCCCACUCCCUCUGGAGAAUGUGGGAAGUUGCAGGGUGGUCUACUGGGGAACCCCAGUGUAUGUGAUCAAAAGCCCUACUUUUGUUAACGAUUUCAAAUGCAAAGAUAUUGAAAACAACUGAAAGUUUCUGAAGACAUCAGGUUUUGGACAAGACAGGCACAACUUCACCUUCUGUGGCAUCUAAGCAGUAGUCCUCUUUGUAGGCAGUUUCUGCAUUUCACAUUCUGCAUACAGGGGGAAAAACAAACUCUGGAAAGUGACAGUGUAUGAGAUAUCUAUUGCUGUGUAACAAAUCACCCCCAAACUUAGCUUAAAACAACAAAUAUCUCACAGAAUUUUGGAGGGCCAGGAAUCUGGAAUCUGGGAGAGGCCUAGUUGGGUGCUUCUGCCUUAGGGUCUCUCAGCUGUCUGUCUGCUGGGGUCUGAAGUCUCUCUCUGCAGUCUGUGAAGACUUGCUGGAGGAUCCACUUCCAAGCUCACUCACACUGUUGUUUGCAGGAGGCUUCAGUUCCUUGUCAUGUGGGCCAUAGGGGUGCUCACAACAUGGCUUCCCCCAGAGAAGGUGUUCCAAGAGAGAGAAAGCCCAAGAUGGAAGCCAUACUCUUUUAUAGCUUAAUCUGGGAAGUGACAUACCAUCACUUCAGCUGUGUUCUCUUGGUCACAUGGACCAACCUUGGUACGCUGUGGGAGGACAACACAAGGGUGGGAAUAGCAGGAGGCAGGGAUCAUUGGGGGCCAUAUUGGAGACUGGCUACCACACGUGGCUCUGAAAUAAAAACUCUCCUGCCUUCCUGAAGCUCAGUAGAAAGUAAUAAAUCAUGUAAGGUCAUCGCCCACCUUCCCCAAGAGAUGUCACAAAAUGCUCAGUUUACAGUUUUGUGGUCAUUACAAACACACAUAUAUUAUAGAGGAUGGGUUUGAGAAGCAGGAAAGAAGUCUCUGGAAGAUAGGUGGUAGCUCAUAAUAUUUUAGAUAGUUCAGACUCUCAUACAAUAAUAAAAAGCAGUUCUGAAAGUUCUGAAAUGAAUCAUAACCUUGUAUC